UUAGUUUUUCUCUGUAUCCUGAGAUUUGUGUGGUCUACAAUUGUCCCGCCAACUCAAAUAUCAGCUCCAUUUGCCUUCUCUUGAGCUCUACUCCCUUCCAUCAGUGUCUGUAAGUUCUGCAUUCGAAAAUGGAGAGUUGUUGCUCCACAAAACUUUCAACGUCUUCUUUCUCUACUUUUCAGGGGUUUUCUUCAUCACCUGUUGUUAGGAGAUUUUCUAAGAACACUUCACAUCAGAGACUACUCUUCCACCCACAUUCUAAACAAUUUCUUCAACUUAAUGACAGACUGCGGUCUUCUCUUUACCACCAUACCAAGAAUUCAUACUUCUUACAAACGAAUAGACGACCUAUAGUUGCAGAAGCUAGCAAGCAGAGUUGGGAUUUUGGCAGAUUUUUGAAGACAUUAUACUUUUUUAAUGGGCCUCCAUCUCAUUCUAAUUUCUUUGAAUUUCUAAUUGCAAAACUAUCAAGCCCAAAAGCCAGUGAACCAGUAAAGGCAAUGGAAACCUCGGAUGUCAUCCUAGUUGCUGGAGCCACUGGAGGUGUUGGGAGGAGGGUAGUUGAUAUCCUACGGAAGAAGGGGUUGCCAGUCCGAGUGUUGGUCAGAAAUGAGGAGAAAGCAAAAAGGAUGCUAGGUCCAGACGUUGACUUGAUAGUUGGAGAUAUUACCAAAGAGAGCACCCUGGUUCCUGAGCAUUUCAAAGGAGUGAAGAAAGUCAUUAAUGCUGUUUCUGUCAUUGUUGGCCCAAAGGAAGGGGACACUCCUGACAGGGCAAAAUACAGCCAAGGAAUCAAGUUCUUUGAACCAGAGAUAAAAGGUGAUUCACCUGAAAUGGUGGAGUACUUGGGAAUGAAAAAUCUACUUAAUGCUGUAAAGAAGAGUAUUGGACUACGAAAUGGAAAAUUGUUAUUUGGAUUUGAAGAUAAUUUAUCUAAAGAACUCCCUUGGGGUGCUUUAGAUGAUGUUGUUAUGGGAGGAGUUAGUGAAAGUGCAUUUCAGAUCUAUCCAACUGGUAGUGAAAAUGGUGGACCUACAGGGCUUUUCAAAGGUGUUGUUUCAACCAAAAACAAUGGUGGUUUUACUAGCAUCAGGACAAGGAAUUUUUCUGUACCUGAGGAUCUUUCUGAAUAUGAUGGUUUGGAGUUGCGACUUAAAGGCGAUGGCCGACGGUAUAAACUCAUUGUCCGUAUUAGCCCUGAUUGGGAUACUGUUGGUUAUACAGCAAGCUUUGACACUGUAAAAGGGCAAUGGCAAUCAAUACGGCUACCAUUCUCUUCUUUAAGGCCUAUAUUUCGAGCACGUACUGUGCUAGAUGCUCCACCCUUUGAUCCAAGCAAAAUUGUGUCACUGCAGCUUAUGUUUAGCAAAUUUGAAUAUGAUGGAAAACUGAAUCCAACAUUUGUAGAAGGCCCAUUUGAGCUUCCAGUAUCAAGCAUACGAGCAUACAUACAAGACCGUAUCACUCCCAGGUUUGUACAUGUCAGUUCUGCAGGGGUUACACGGCCUGACAGACCUGGGCUUGAUUUAAGCAAACAACCUCCUGCUGUCCGCUUGAAUAAGGAGUUGGGCUUUAUUCUUACAUUCAAAUUGAAGGGGGAAGAUUUGAUACGAGAAAGUGGAAUUCCGUAUACAAUAAUAAGGCCUUGUGCCUUAACUGAAGAGCCUGCUGGAGCUGAUCUCAUCUUUGAUCAGGGCGACAACAUUACGGGGAAGAUAUCAAGGGAAGAAGUUGCUCGCAUAUGUAUUGCUGCUUUGGAAAGUCCAUAUGCAUGUGACAAGACAUUUGAGGUCAAAAGUGUAGUUCCAUUCAGUGAGCCAUUCACCGUGGACCCUGAAAACCCUCCCCAAGAGAAGGAUUAUAAUAUAUACUUCAAAAAUUUGAAGGAUGGAAUUACUGGGAAAGAAGCCUUGGAACAGAGUCCUUUGUUGGUUUAAUGCCCAUGAACAACAGUCUUUUCUCAAGAUGAUAGCUUAGGGCUACCCUACAGGAGAACUAGAGGGCUACUAAAGAAACUAGAAGACAAGGAAGAAAGACAUAUCUGGUGCUGGCUCCAUUAUGGAACUACUGGCUGCAUUUAGAUGGCUGAAAAAAUAGUACUACUCGCAAAUAAUUAUUUCAAUCAUGCAGAAGAGUGGAUUCUUUCCUUUUCUAUUUUGUAAUCCAUCAUGUAUAUUUACAUAUUGUAUUGUAUAUAAACAUAGAUAUAAUACAAACUGUACUAUCUUUAUUUUCUUAUUUCUCUAA